GGCUGGCAGCUCGACCCCAGCAAAGUUCAGCAUGCAAAUGUUGCCGAAUGAUCUUGGUGCGAAUCAGCAGCAGCGAGCAGCAGUACGAAUUGGUGUGUGCGGGCGUGUAGUAGUUUGUAUCUGUACGUGAAAUACAAGUGUCAGGUGGUAUUAAGAAAUGACAGUGAAAUAAAAUAUAUAAUAGAAAUGGGCAAGCGAUAUUAUUGCGACUACUGUGAUCGCCACUUUGUUGAUGAUUUAGAAGCUCGGAAGAAACACUUGGCCGGUGUUAUGCAUAUGCGCAUGAGGAAAGACUAUUAUAAUCAAUUUAAAGAUGCUGAAACUCUGUAUAAAGAAGAAACAGCAAAAUUGACUUGCAAAAGAUUCCAGCGUUUUGGAGAAUGUGUGUUUGGUUCCAAUUGCAGAUUCUCUCAUUACUCGAGGGAAGACUUGGAGUUAUUGAAACGUCAAGUGGAAGACCAACAGAGAUGGGCGAGCUUCAAAAAUCCAGUAUUUAAAGAAGAACCCACUCUUGCAUCUUGGUUGGAAAAAAGAAAUCAAAGUAUUCUUUUGUCCAAAGCAUCAAGUUCUAGUUCUAGCUCUGUGACUGCGUGGGGAACGCCAGCAGGGUUUGUGGGCAGGCUUGACCUUCCCCCCUCCCUCCAGCCCUUGAAGAUUGAAGAUUUCAGUCAUUCAGACUUUGACACAUGGGGUUGACCUACUUGCAAUACAGUCGAUCUUUUGUUUUUAACUCUCCGAUUGGAAUUCUUAACUCUGUCGUCUCUCCCCCAUUCAAUUAUUAAGACAAAGGCAGAUACAGAGAAAAGUGGGAGAACUUUAAGCAACGAAUGGAGGGAAACGCAUUGAGGACGGAUAACCUACGCAAUGACCUGAAAUGACCAAAGGUUACUCUGCAACUGCUUCUGGGGGUGCAACAGCUAAUGUCAUAUUUAAAUUCACUUUGUUGAAAGUUUCAGAGAGCAGAUUUGCUGCCACUUUUGAUUUGGCCGUAGUGUUAGCAAAUGCACUUUGAGCUUCCAUUACACUCGGAAGUGGCCCUUUGUGCAGAAUUCUUGAAUCAGACCUUCACUGCCAGUCAGGUUGAGAUAACUGUACCGGCAGCACACCUUUAGGGGGACGAAAGCUGGAAGAUCCAAGAGGUUUGUACAAACGUGAAUCAAUGUAGGUUACUUUUUUAAAUGUAAAGACAGGUUUCUUUUCAAUUCCUUUUCUUUCUGGUUUUGAUGCUACCCGUCUUCUCUUCUUCCACUCUUCCAGUUUUCGUUGCCUACCACAGGAAACUAGGAAUAUCUUGUGGUGGUUCGAAGUCCUUUGCCUCUAGCACUAUAAUUAUGAUAUUAAAAGCAAAGAGAACUACCAUAGGAUAUUUACAUAUGGAGCAUCAACAAAUAAAAAACCCCAACACAGAGCUGUCUUAUUAUAUCUGCAUCUAAAAAUAUGCUAAAAACUGCCUAAAAUUAUUAAAGACGUGAAGAAAAGAAAUUUAAUGACUUGGUGAAAAGUAUUUAUCAUUAAUGUGCCCCUGUAACUAAUGCAUUAGGAAAUGUGUGUUUUAUAAAUUGUUUUGUAUGUAUUUUCUUGUAUAUGUGUAUUAUUAUGUUAUAUUGUGUGUUAAUAAAUUGUAUAUUUUGUUUUAUACCAUUUUUAAGUUAUUACACUUCCACAAUGCUUGGAAUGUAUCACAGUACAAGUGUAUUGUCAAAAAACAAAAAAUUAUUUGCGGGAUGAGCUGGCAAUGCCGUCUGAGCUCGGAAAUAUGCAAGGAUUUCCAUUCCUCUUGAAUGUCGAAGAAUCCAGUAAAUGUUGAAUGGAAAUCGUCAUGUCUAUGUCUGGUAAUAAUGAAACAUGUUAUCAAUUACUCAAUAAGAGUACUGUCAAAUCACCAGGAGCAUAUAUUUAACUGGAUGUAAGGAAUAACUUGGUAUAGGACAACAAAAACUUCUUGUAUCUGAAUGUGAUGGUAUGCUGCAGAGGGAAGUACUAGACCUGAUUGCUGCAAUACAAUAUUAUAACAGAAUCCAAUUGUUGCAAAAAGAGAGCUAACCAAAAGAUAGUAACUACUUCUGUUCUGUGAUUGUUCAUAGGCAGAAUAAUUAACUGGGAAUUAUGUAAAUAGGAUUAGAAUUAAGAGAUGCAAUAGGGGCUUAUAUUGACACUUAAAUGAAAGGAAUUUCAUCUAUAUUUAGUAUUAUGGAAUAAAUUUUAUGGAACAGUGGUCACUGUGGUAAUAUUGAUUAAUUUUUAUAGAAGAAACUACUACUGUUUCUCAUUAACUGGAGAGUGAAAUGUUUCUACAUAAAAGACCCACCAGCUAGUUUACUCAAGAUACCACAAUUCUUGGACUUGUUGACAGUGUCUCAAUUUGAAUUUUUAUUUUAAGAAAUUUAUUUCUUGGAAGUAAUUUUCCCAGGGAACGUUCUAUAAUGUACAAGGGAUUACUUUCAAAGAGAACAUUUUGUGUUUUGUAAAAGAGUAUAAGGUUGUACACAAUUCA